AUGAACGUCAGAGAUAACCACAUCACGGUCAUCGUCCUCGAUACGGACGUGAUCCGCGCGACGUUCGGACUGGCAGAGUACCUCACUCGACCUUCUUUGACUUUGAAGGCAUGCUAUGCUAUUCCUAAGACAGAUGGGUCGAGUGGGGAUGUGGGUGAGACUGCACGGUCAGGGUGGAUGGUAGGCGACGAAGUGGAGACGGCCAGGAAAGAGGGUAAGGAGGUGGAGGUGCGGUGGCCUUUUAGGAGCAGUAAAGCUGUGGAUGAUUGGGAGGGGCGAGAGUAUAUCCUCAACCACGUCCUCACUCGCCUAGGCAUCAAAAUCGCUUCCAACACCUCCCCCCUUCUCCUCGUUCCUCCACCUUCACCCUCCGGCCUCCCCCUCUCCCUCCAAGCACAAUACACCCAACUGGCCUUCGAAUCCCUGAACGUUCCAGGCCUCUCCAUUCUCCCUUCACCCCUCGCCGCCCUCUUCGCGCUGAACAGCACCACCGGUAUCACCCUUCACGUCGGCCAAGAGUCCUGCCAAGUCGUGGUCAUUACGGACAGUGUGGUGCGGUGGGAAACGGCCACUACUGUCGACGUGGGAAUGGCAGACUGUGAGCGGUGGUUGGAGGGGCUGUUGAUGGAAGAUGAAGGCCUCGAUGGUCAAUUACGGGAUCUAGCGGGUGAAGGGAGGGAAGAGACGGAGGUGUGGCGGAAUGGGAAGCGGAAGCGGGAGCUGGUGAGAGAGGUGGUGGGUGUUGUGUUUGGGGAGUGUGGGGGAGAUGAUGUGGACAUUGAGCCGAUGGGAGGAGGUCAGGCUAUCGCUGCCGUCGUAGCGGAAGAUGAUGAGUCGUUUGACGUGGCGAAAAAACUUAUCGGCGAGACCCAAGCUCAAGCUGCCGCGUCCCACAAGUCCAAGAAACAAAUAGCGGCCCAGCAAGCCGCCGCGACCAAAGCCGCCGCGGAUGCAGCUACAAAAGCCGUCGCUGUCGCCGCUGCGGACAUCAUCACCUUCUCUAUCCCCUCUUAUCCAGACAAAGAGGUCAAUCUCGGCCCGGUGAGGCAUCGGCUCGCGGAGCCGCUCUUCAAGGGUGUGGGAGGUGGGGAUACCGUCUGGGAAGGGAUGGGGAGGGCGGUGGAGAGUGAAGGAUUGAGUACGGGGGAGAGAGUCGCGGUCUGGGAGGCGGUGGGUGUUACGGGAGAGAUUGCGAGGUUCAAGUCGUUCGCACCUGCCCUCCUGACGUAUCUCGCCCCCCUCCUCCUCUCUUCGCCUGAUAUCCCGUCAGAUCUGCAACCUGCCAAAGCCCGACUUUUGUCGAUCCCGGAAUACUUUACGAACUUCAAGGGGGUGACGAAUGACGAGGCGCCGUUCCUCGGAGCGUGUAUGGUGGCCAAGGUGGCGUUCACAGAGUAUGCGGGCAAGCACUACGUGACCAAGGUGGACUAUAAUGCGAAGGGACCGGCGGCGAUCUAUGCUGUAUCGGGGGAGAGUUGA